CUCCGGCGGCGGGCGGCGAUCCGGAGCCGCGCCCGGCCCGGCACAGCCCGGCUCGGCGGGACACGGGGACUCAGGAAGCUGCCGGCGCCGGGAUCAGCAUUGCCGGAGGGAAAGGCCGGUCACCGAUGACUGUUUUCCCGAAGCAGGGAGGAAUGUUUCACCCAGUGGGAAGCCUGAAGGAGCAAUACCAAUUUUGGAAGGAUGUUCUAUUUGUUUAUUAAAAAGCACGUGAACGUCAGAGGAAUUUACGGAUACGUGGAGACAGAGAUAAGUUGUUGACAAGUAAUUGAGAACUCAGCUGUUUCUCCCUGCAGUACAUAAAAUGAAAUCAACCUCUGUCAAAUAGAGUUCGAGUGCAGUCCUCUCUGUGCUGCUUAUAGUCCAGUCAUCUUUGCUGGGAAGUGACUGGGAUCCGGGUGAUGGGAUUUACUGUUGGGAGGUGGUGCGAGUACCAUCUGUGCAGCAGGUGCACAGAUGUGCAACCUUGUGUGACCACUUAGUACUGAAACCUUUUGUAAGAUCUGUGAAGUCUUUUCCUGCUUAGGCUAAAGCUGCUAAAUAGUAGCUUGUUAAAUAAUUGCUUUGCUAUGAUGAUAAUUGCCUUGUCCCAUUAUAUUUUAAAAGAACCAUUUAAGGAGAUGUUUGACCUCGGGUUUUUGUUCUCAGCUGGCUUCUCAGUUUUUUUCCCAGUAGAUAUUUCUGUCGCCUUGCUUAGUGUGGUCAGUUAAAUAAUAAUUUUGGUGUCUGGGGAUAACUGUGAGAGAGAAGUGGGGUUUGGGAUCACCCUGAAAUAGGUUUGUUGCUGCUGGAAGAAAAAUUCCCUCCAGCUGGGGGCUGCUUGUGCCAACCUAUUUUUCUUCUUACCUUUCUUCUGCUACUGGGGCUAUCAACCAAACACAGAUUACUGACAAGUCGUUGUUUUGAAAUUGAGUUCCUCUGACCUAACUAGCCAGCUGUGGUUGGAAGGGGCAAUCCCACCUUCAGUCCCUGCCUUUAUGCUCCUACUGCGUUGGAUUAAUCCUAAGUAGCAGUUUUAUGACUACAGAAUGAAUUAAUAUUCUCUGUUGGAUCAGCUGCAUUUCAGGGCAGGUUUUCUGAUGAAUCAGCCACCUGAACCAUGGCUGUACAACUGCAAGGUCUGACACAGAGGGAAUCAGGGACCUGCAUCUGGGAGUGGAAGAGGGGAGGAGGGUGUAGGGUUGCACUUUCCCUAACCUCUGCAACCUCAAAGAGGAGGUAGGAAACCCAUGUUGGGUGGGAAUGAUUACGGGGUUUAAUUAAUUGCACAACUGAUUCAGGGCUGAGGAGGUGUGUGGGGGUGAAACAUGCCAAACGAGAUUAGCAAGUCAGCUCACUUCGAGGGGAGGGAGGUGUCAAACUGAACCAGGAUACUGGAAAAAAUAAAGCUAUGGCAAAAAUGUGUUAGCAUAAAGAAGCAGACCCCUAAUUUUCUGUUGGGGUACUCUGUUUGGAAAGAGGUGGGUUUUCCUCCAUUCCUGGGGAGAAAGUCAUUGUGGGUAGUGAAGCUCUCAAGUUGCUGGCUUGGACACAGCAGAUCCUGUUUGGUGUUGGCAGUCAUCUGAUUGAGGAUUAGUUUUGAUUUCUGUGAUAAGAUGGGGCAAUGAAGAUGAUCUCAUGUUAAGACCAACCCUUGGUCUUGGGCAGGUCUGUUUACUUGCUUGGCAGGUGUGUUUUCUUUUGUUUACCAGGAGAGCUGAUCCUGUAUCCUACCAACUUCCCAUCAGUGGCUUUUGCUGUCAUUAGACCCACUAGCAGGGCUACCAGGAGGGUGGUAGGGGUUAUGCUGCAGGCCCUGGUGUCUUAACUUGACAUCCUGAUGGGGUGGCUCUGCUGUGAGCACACAGGGAGGGUUCUCAUGCGUGAGUUGCAGUCACACCUUUUGCCUACAGUGCCUUUUGUCGUCGCCCUCAACAGUUGGCUGACUUGCUGCCAACUAACAGUGCAGCUGCUCUCUGGUGCAGUACCUGCAGUAAAGAUAUUGUGCAUUUUUUUUUCUGUUGAGGGACUUCAGCCCAUGUUUGAACAAACAGGAGAAACUCUGAAACUUUAAACCAAACUGAAUUGAUGCUGCCAGAGUCUCUCUCUCCCCUUCCUGUUAUGGACACGUGAGAUGCUGCCUUCUCCCCUUGUGCUGGUGCAGGGAGCUCAGGUGGUGAAAAAAGUUGUUUAUUUUCUUUUCCAAGUUUUCUGACGAUGCGGUGCUUUGUGCAGCACUGCCACUGGGACAGGGAAAGGGGGUGGAAAAGGGAGUGCUAGUCAAGUCUUGCUGGCAGCAUUGUUCAGCAGCACCCACUCUCAAGCUGGAGGAGUCUCUGUUCGGAGCUGGAAACACUACAGCCAUUUUUGAACUGAUUGCAAGCUCAUGAAUGUUUCUGAUGUGCUUAAACAGAUCUUUGUGGGCUGGGGAAUUGUCUGCUUGUAGCCAUUCCGGGACAAAAGCAAAGUGUUUUGAUGUCAGCUGGCUUUGCAUCAAGUUCUGCGUGCAUCUUCCCUUUGUGUCUCUGCUGCUUUGUACUAUGCCGAGUUCUCAAAAUGCAUUGUAAGUGAUAAAAUUCAGAAAAGGCUGCAUUUUUAUAUCAGCUUAAAAUUCUCCAUUACAUUUUUGAUGGCUAGAAGGUUAGUUACGGUAAUUACUUGCCUCUGAAGUAGAUAAUUGCUGAUUCAAAUGUUAUGGUUAGAAAAUAUUACAAAUCCUCCAUCAGACUGUUUACUUAUCGGCUUCUCUUAUCUGAAGAUCAGCAGUUGACAAAGGCAGAGUGAAGGAUUUGCCACGUCGAGACUGAAGGUGUAAGACUAAAAACCUACAGGGAGAUCAGCUCAGCAGCAGAUAUUCCACAUUUUUUACCUGCCAUCCCACGGCUUCAAGGGGGUCUUUGUUACACAUUCAGAAGAACAGAAAACACUGUCACGAGUACAUAAUUGUGUCACCUAAAAUUUGGUACCAACCGUAGUGUAGAUGGCUCAACUUCCUCCUGGGAUUCGUUUCAUCACUUCAUUUUCACGAGAUCAGUGGUAUAGAGCCUUCAUUUUCUCUCUCACUUUCCUGCUGUAUGCCAGCUUCCACUUAUCAAGGAAACCUAUUAGUAUAGUUAAGGGAGAGCUGCAUAAGCAUUGUGCUGCUUCCCAUGAAGUUGAACUUGACUCCUACAAAGAAUAUGCUGCCCAGAUUCAGCCUCUCAAAAAGCCAUUUAACGCCUCUCAGUGUGGAUGGGAGCCAUUUGAUAAGAACAACUACAAACAGUUACUGGGAGCGCUGGAUUACUCGUUUUUGUGUGCAUAUGCAGUUGGAAUGUAUUUAAGUGGACUGAUAGGAGAACGGCUGCCGAUCCGGUACUAUCUGACGGGUGGGAUGCUCGCCAGUGGGCUCUUCACUGCCAUGUUUGGAUUGGGUUAUUUCUAUAACGUACAUAAUCUGUGGUUUUACAUCAUGGCCCAGAUAGCAAAUGGUUUGGUGCAAACUACUGGCUGGCCGAGUGUCGUUACAUGUAUUGGCAACUGGUUUGGAAAAGGAAGGAGAGGUUUGAUCAUGGGAAUCUGGAAUUCACACACUUCAGUGGGAAAUAUCUUGGGAUCCUUAAUUGCUGCUUACUGGGUGUCCACGUGCUGGGGUCUCUCCUUCGUGGUGCCCGGAGUCAUCGUUGCUGUGAUGGGGAUUGUUUGCUUCCUGUUUCUCAUUGAACAUCCUAAAGAUGUAAGUUGCUCCUGCACACCAUCCAGUAGUUCUAAAACCUUCCUGAAUGGUACAUCUCGGUGCAGAAUCCAGAUGCCGACCUUAAAUGCUAAGGAAAAUGGCAAACUUCAGCAGGAUCCAGAAAUGCAGCACUUACUUACUGACAGUGAAAACUGCAGCGUGUCCCUGAACUCCAGCACUGUGGUCAGUGGGGAAGGAAGACAUGGGACAUCAGCAAUCAGCUUCCUUGGGGCCUUGAGAAUACCUGGAGUUGUAGAGUUCUCCCUUUGUCUUCUGUUUGCAAAGCUAGUGAGCUACACUUUCCUCUUCUGGCUUCCCCUCUAUAUCACAAGUGUAGAGCAUCUUGAUGCCAAAAGAGCUGGGGACCUUUCUACACUGUUUGAUGUGGGUGGAAUCUUUGGUGGAAUUUUGGCAGGUCUCAUUUCAGACAGGCUGGAGAAGAGGGCAUCAACCUGUGGGAUGAUGUUAUUGCUCGCAGCACCCACGUUGUACAUGUUCUCUACAGUCAGUAAAAUGGGACUUGAGGCUACUGUGGUGAUGCUGCUUAUCAGUGGUGCCCUGGUGAAUGGCCCUUAUGCCCUGAUCACCACUGCUGUCUCUGCUGACUUGGGUACCCACAAAAGCCUGAAAGGGAACGCAAGAGCCUUGUCCACAGUGACGGCGAUCAUCGAUGGAACUGGAUCUGUAGGUGCAGCUUUGGGGCCUCUCUUGGCUGGUCUUAUUUCCCCAUCUGGUUGGAACAACGUGUUUUACAUGCUCAUGGUGGCAGAUGCAUGUGCCUUGCUACUCUUACUCCGUCUUAUUCAGAAGGAGCUUCAGUGUGAUGCAGAUCACACUCUGUUUAAGGAGCACUGAGCUACAAGAGGGGAGCUGGAAUAAGGACUGUGCCAGUGGUCGGAGCUCUUCCCUGAAAUCCAGACUUCAUGGGAUGUAUUAUUCUGUAUUUAAGAGAUUCUGUUUGGUGAAGAACUUUGCACCAUUACUGGAAGCAAUGUGAGAAAUGCAGCUGGUAACUCCCUGAAGCUCUUUAUUUUUGCACAUGAGUAAGUACCUCAGGAUGGCAACUAUUCAUCAGACGAAGAGAUGGGAACUUUGGGAAGGUUUUAGCAGCAUGCCUCAACUGAGCCAAAGAGAAAUACCAAGUGCCUUUUUUGUUUCUUUUGAUAGGAUCUUUUUAAUUAAACUUAUGAACUGUGUUUUUGCCGAAAAUCAAGGCGAAACUGGAGCAGAAGGAAGUUGAAAUUGUACCAGCCCGGCAGUGGCUGUCCCAGUGUCAGUGAGCGAAGUGUGUGUUUCUUAUGUCAUCUUGUGUACAUUGAGGGCAUCUCUUUGUAGAGGACAAUAUCAGCUGGUUAUUAAGAUGUGCUGCUAUUAGUAUUUUGAAGCUGCUCAGACAGUAGCCACCCACUGUGUUAUUAGUUUUUAAGUACAGUACUACUUCCCAAGGACAACAUCCAGCCUUUUGGUAGGCAGUGGAAUGGAAUUUACUCUUGCCAUGUACUGCAAUUAGCAGUUUUCACAGAAUCUCUGGAUGAGUGUUAGUCCUCAGUUAGGAUUGUGCAAAAAAAAAAAAAAAAAGGAGUCCUAAGCAACAAAAAGCAGCUUAUGAGUCAGAAUUUCCAGUGGGAGCUCUAAUGAUUUUCAGGGCAUUAUAAACUGACUGUGCAAACGUCACAUAAUUGUCUGCCAGGCUGGGCUGAAAUGAGAGGUGGUUUCUCGUGAACUGUGAGCUGUCCUUUUUCUUACAGCACUUGUGGCUUGAGCAGAAGAGCUGCCUCAGUGCCCACUUGCCACAGGGAUCUCUGUUGGGUACUCGUGAUUUCAGUGCUGGGGUGCACACGUGGAAGUUGCAGAUCAGGGCCUUAAUAUCCAGAAAUCUCUCUCAAGUGGCUCAUUUCCAGUGGCUCUGAAUUUCAGAUUUGGAGCCGAAAUAUCAGAAAAAUUACCUGUGUGGGCAGUAGUUUGUAAGAGAACAUUUGAGUAACUAGUGUUAUCCAGCAAAUAGAUGGUUUAAUGUCUUCAGAACAUGUAAUUUCUUUGUACAGCUGCUUUGCAAACAGAUGUUUCUGUGAUUCUUUUCUUUUUUAAGAUGUAUAAAGUGAAAAGAAAUCCUUUUUGUAUGAGGUGUUUAUACUUAAAUCACAAAGGCUAGAUUGUUGUCCUUAACUGUAUUUAUUAAAGCUCUAGGAAUAUGUCUUGUUCUGAACUAUGCUCUUCAGUUCUGUGAAACAAUGCAGCAGUCUUUACACUUGAUUAACAGAACACUCUGAAACAGUCCUGCAGAAAUGUCUCAUCAGCUGCUGGUGUUGUGUUCCACGUGCUGGCACAACACCUAAUUUCCAGGGCUGUAAUUUUGUAGUUGCUGAGUCUUUUGAGUCGCUUCACUGGUUUGAUUCAGCACCUGAUUUAUGCUUGACUUGAACACUGUAAGAAGGUGCUCGUUUUUAACUGUUUUGCUGAAUGGAGAUAGAAGGAAAACCUCAGUGCCACAGGGCCUUAAGGAAAGUAUUGGGUCCUUGCAGAGGAACUGUAGGUAGGCCCUGUCCCUGCACUUACCUGGAUGAAUGGUUGACUUCACACAUUUUGGGUAAGCCUGUUCAGACCACUGGGGAAGGUCUCGACAUCUGAAUGCAUGAAUCUGGGCUGUGCUUGGGCUUUGGGCUGCAGUUAAAUGUGAAGGAAUUCUGCAGCAAUGUUACUUGAAAGGACUUCUAUCCCAGUGGACUGAACCAGCAGAGCUUUAUAUUUUUAUUGAAACAAUUCAAACCCUGCUGCGCUCAGAUUUUGAGAAGCUGUUCCCUGUGGGCUGAGGUCUUAGUUUAAAAAGCUUUUGGUUGUAUUUUGCAGUUACAGGCUGUAAAGAUACUUAACUGUGUUUUGGGUUUUACUUGUUGGGGCUGCUGCUGUUAUUUAUUUAUUUAUUUGAAUAGCUUUUGCACUUCAGUGACUGGGGUAGGGGUUAAUGACGAAGCUGGAGGUGCUGGGCUGAGGCCUUCCUUGCAUCGAUUGUAGGCAGGAAUUGGGACUCUCAGUCUGCCCAUAUCUCCUUCCAUGUCAAUCUGCAGCAUUUUGGUUCCUCCCAGCUACAAAAUUGCUGGACAAAAAGACAAAGAUUUGCUUUUCGUUCUUGAAAACUAAAGAUCCCCCAGGUUGUGGAUAAACAGUGUGUUUUGUUAGUAUUGGGUGUCAAUAUUCAUUGAUCUGGAAAUGAGCAAGACUGACAAAGUUGUGUGUGUAGAAAUGUGAGUGACCAGUAGGUACAACCAAAUUUAAAUAUUGUUGCAGGGUUCAUUUGUUGUUUUUUAAUGCUGGUUAUUGUGAAUUUUAUCCUUUACCAACCUGUGUUGAAUAAAAACAGAUUCUGUUCUAAAAUGA